AUGCACGUAUUUUAUAAAACUGCUGUGAAAUUACUGAAAUUCAUUGAGAAAGUUGAUAGUGGACACAUAGAAGUCAAAGAACUUAUGUAUAGACUUACUUUAGACAUUCUCGGAAGAGUUGCUUUUGAAUUUGAUUUUAAUAAUUUUGAAGAUCUAACAAACGUUUGUGUUACUACUUAUCAAGAAGUGAUAGCUGAAUGUGAAAAAUCUAUAUAUUUUAUUAUUCCAUUCAUUAAAUAUUUCCCGUAUUUUGAUCAUACUGAAGCGUGUAAAAAAGUUGCAAAGAUUUAUAAAUUAUAUAAUAGACUUAUUGAAACGAAACGUAAAUCAAUAGAAACAAAAGAAUUGAAUAAAAAAAUAAGCAAUAAUACCGCUUAUUUUUUAGAAUAUAUGAUAUAUGCUUCUAGUGAUCCAAAAUAUCCUAUAUCAGCUGAAGAAAUGUGUUAUAAUCUUGCAAUAUUUAUGUUAGCUAGUCAUGAUACUAGUAAGAAAGAACUUUAA